AUGGCCGACGUUAACGUUGAUGUCCUCGUCAUUGGCAUGGGACCUACUGGUCUCGGUGCUGCCAAGCGUCUCAACCACAUCAACGGCCCUUCAUGGCUGAUUGUCGACUCUGCCGACAAGGCUGGUGGUCUUGCCGGCACUGAUGUCACCCCCGAGGGUUUCCUCUACGAUGUUGGUGGCCAUGUCAUCUUCUCCCACUACAAGUACUUCGACGACUGCCUCGACGAGGCCCUCCCCAAGGAGGAUGACUGGUACACCCACCAGCGCAUCUCCUACGUUCGCUACAAGGGUCUCUGGGUCCCCUACCCCUUCCAGAACAACAUCUCCAUGCUCCCCAAGGAGGACCAGGUCAAGUGCAUUGACGGUAUCAUCGACUCGGCUCUCGAGUGCCGCGUCGCCAACACCAAGCCCAAGGACUUUGACGAGUGGAUUGUGCGCAUGAUGGGAGAGGGUAUUGCCAACAUCUUCAUGCGACCUUACAACUACAAGGUCUGGGCUGUUCCCACCACCAAGAUGCAAUGCCAGUGGCUUGGUGAGCGUGUCGCUGCCCCUGACGCCAAGCUCGUCACCAAGAACGUCAUCCUGGGCAAGGUCGCUGGUAACUGGGGUCCCAACGCUACCUUCCGAUUCCCUGCCCGCGACGGUACCGGUGGUAUCUGGACCGCCGUUGCUGAGACUAUUCCUCAGGAGAAGAAGCGCUUCGGCAAGAGCGGUGAGGUCACCAAGGUCGAUGCCAAGAGCAAGAUCGUCCACUUCGCCGACGGUAGCACCAUUGGCUACAACAAGCUCGUCAACACCAUGGCUGUUGACCACCUCGCCGAGAAGAUUGGCGAUGAGGAGCUCAUCAGCCUCACCAAGGGUCUCUACUACUCCACCACCCACGUCGUGGGUGUUGGUAUCCGAGGCGAGCGCCCUGAGCGCAUCGGUGACAAGUGCUGGCUGUACUUCCCCGAGGACAACUGCCCCUUCUACCGUGCCACCAUCUUCUCCAACUACUCCCCCUACAACCAGCCUCAGGCCGACACCAAGCUUCCCACUCUCUACCUCGCCAACGGCGAGCCUGCCGAGUCUGACGAGGCUAAGGAGGGUCCUUACUGGUCCAUCAUGCUGGAGGUUUCCCAGUCCACCAUGAAGCCCGUCGAUGUUGAGAACCUCCUUAAGGACAGCAUCCAGGGUCUCAUCAACACUGAGAUGAUCAACCCUGAGGAUGAGAUCGUCUCUACCUACCACCGCGCUUUCGACCACGGUUACCCCACCCCCACCCUGGAGCGUGAGGGCGUCCUCAAGCAGCUUCUCCCCAAGCUCGAGAGCAUGGACAUCCUCUCCCGUGGCCGAUUCGGCAGCUGGCGAUACGAGGUCGGCAACCAGGACCACUCGUUCAUGCUCGGUGUGGAGGCCGUCGAUGCCAUCCACAGCGGUGCUGUCGAGCUGACCCUCAACUACCCCGACUUUGUCAACAGCCGCCAGAACACCGAGCGACGCCUCACCCAGAACUUUGUGUUCUCUACUCCCCAGGCUAACGGCACCAAGGACCUGCCUAGCCACAGCCGCUAA